CUAAAGGAGUAGUAGAAGAGAAAACAACGCCGGAGACUUUGUGAGUCAGUUGCUGUCGAAGACAGCAGAAGGACCUAAAAGUGUAGUUGUAAAUGUGUGAGAAUGUGUGACGUGCAGGAGCUCAUGUGUCUGAUCCAGCAGCAACAGGCUGCUGCGGCUCGAGACACAGUGGAACUGUUUGAAAGGACGUUAGCGGCGCACGAGGAGCAGCUGCGGCAGUUAAGAGAGGAGAACGAGCGGCAGAGAAAGCGGCUGGACGCUCUUUUACAGCCUCAAGUUCGACUAGAAAGAGCAGUGUUGCCUCAGCAGCUGCUGGUGAGUAAAGAAGAGGUUCCCCCUGAGCAGCAGGAGUGCAGCCCCAGUGUGAAGCAGGAGGAGCCAGAGCCCCCCCACAUUAAAGAGGAACAGGAGGAGCUCAAUAUCACCAAGGAUAUCCCAUUCACUCCUGCCCCUGUGAAGAGUGAAGAUGAUGAAGAGAGAGCUCAGUCCUCACAGCUUCAUCAAAGCCAAACUGAGGAGAACAGAGAGGCAGAGCCUCCGGCCAGCAGCUCCACUGAAACAGAAGCUGAUGAAGAGGAUUUACAAGCAAGUAGUGAUGGCCAGCUGCUCUCUUCACACUCCUCUGAAUCUGAGACUGAAGACAGUGAAGAUGACUUGGAGGAGACUGGAGAGCCUUCCUGCUCUGUGAACAAAACCACAGGAGAGAAACAGUGGAGCUGCUUUGUUUGUGGUACAAACUUUAAACUAAGAUCCAACUUAAACAGACACAUGAUGAGGCACAAGAGAGAGAAACCAUUCAGCUGUCCAGUCUGUAGUAAGAGAUAUAUAUAUAAAGUUAGCUUAAAUAUACACAUGCGAGUCCACAAAGGAGAGAACCCUUUCAGCUGCCCAUUCUGUGCUAAGAAAUUUACAUUCAAAAGUCAAUUAAACACUCAUAUGGCAGUCCACACAGGAGAGAAAGUUUUCAGCUGCUCAAUUUGUGGUAAAGGUUUCAGACAGAAAUUUAACUUAAAUGCACACAUGAGAGUCCACACAGAAGAGAAACCUUUCAGCUGCUCAGUCUGUGCUAAGAAAUUUACAUGGAAAAAUCAAUUAAACACUCAUAUGGCAGUCCACACAGGAGAGAAAGUUUUCAGCUGCUCAAUUUGUGGUAAAGGUUUCAGACAGAAAUUUAACUUAAAUGCACACAUGAGAGUCCACACAGAAGAGAAACCUUUCAGCUGCUCAGUCUGUGCUAAGAAAUUUACAUGGAAAAAUCAAUUAAACACUCAUAUGGAAGUCCACACAGGAAAGAAACCUUUCAGCUGCUCGAUAUGUGAUAAACAUUUUACACAGAAAUCUGACUUACAUAAACACAUGAGUGUCCACACAGGAGAGGAACCUUUCAGCUGCUCAGUCUGUGCUAAGAAAUUUAAAUGGAAAAGUCAAUUAAACACUCAUAUGGUAGUCCACACAGGAGAGAAACCUUUCAGCUGCUCAAUUUGUGGUAAACAUUUUAGAAAAAAAUCAGACUUAAAUACACACAUGAGAAACCACACAGGAGAGAAAAUUUUCAGCUGCUCAGUCUGUGCUAAAAAAUAUACAUGGAAAAGUCGAUUAAACACUCAUAUGAGAGUCCACACAGGAGAGAAACCUUUCAGCUGCUGGAUUUGUGGUAAACAGUUUACACAGAAAUCUGACUUACAUAAACACAUGAGUAUCCACACAGAAGAGAAAUCUUUCAGCUGCUCAAUUUGUGGUAAAAGUUUCAGACAGAAAUAUAACUUAAAUGCACACAUGACUAUCCACACAGGAGAGAAACCUUUCAGCUGCUCAAUUUGUGGUAAAAAUUUUAGAGUGAAAACUGCCUUAAUUACACACAUGAGUGUCCACACAGGAGAGAAACCUUUCAGCUGCUCAAUUUGUGGUAAAAGUUUUAACCAGAAAGGUAACUUAAAUACACACAAGAGUGUCCACACAGGAGAGAAACCUUUCAGCUGCUCAGUUUGUGGUAAACAUUUUUCACAGAAAUCUGACUUAAAUAAACACAUGAGUGUCCACACAGGAGAGAAACCUUUCAGCUGCUCAAUUUGUGGUAAAAGUUUUAGAAAGAAAUGUACCUUAAAUACACACAUGAGUGUCCACUCAGGAGAGAAAACUUAGCUGCUCAAUUUGUGGUAAACAUGUUUCA